UUCCUCUUAAUUUGUCUCCCAGAAAUGGCCCCUUCGGCACCAACCUCUUCUUCCCCAAGCACCACCACGAAGCCAUUCCCAACCAGACCCAGACGACGAUGCCUCAAAGCCACCACAAGAACGCACCGUCUCAACAAUAAGAAGCAGAAUACUCCUCAAACCACAAGCCCAGAGAUCUCGAAAGUUCCAGAAGUAUCAGAAGAUUCUCCUUCCCCUUCUCCUUCUUCUUCGUCGUCGUCGCCGUCGUCUUCUUCUUCAGAGGUAAUUACUACUGAAGAACCUCUUCCUUCUUCCUGCUGCUCCACUCCGAAAGGCCAGAAGUUCCGAAUACCAGAGAUUGCCUCGUGUCCUCCUGCCCCGAAGAAGAAGAAGCCAGUUUCACUGUUUUCCAGUAAUUGCUCUCGUCGUCGGACUCCCAUUUCCUUCUUCGCACCCGACUUGGAGCUCUUCUUCUUCCUCGCUCUUCCUGAUAAUAUCUCCGUUUGAUUAUUAUUGUAGCUUUUAUCACUUCCAGUGUUCAUACACCUUCAUAUAUAAUUAGAUACAGUGAUCACCACGAUCAUGACUCACUUCAGAACACGGAGCUUUUGAAGUGUUUCUAAUUAUUAGUUUCUCUCUGAUUAAUCAUUUAUACCUCCAGCAAACGAUGGGAGGUUUAUUCAUUAAUUAAUGCUUGGGAGAGUGCUUUGUUUUUUGGAGUGGUUGAUCUUAAUCAGGGGAUUAACAGUUUGGUGAUCUUGAGAUUUUGCAUAAUCUUCUUAGGCUUUCCUCUUUCUCUGCUAAUUUUAGGGUUCUUUUUUCAGUCACUAAAUUUAGCUGGGGAUGGCUGAAUUUAGGUUUUAGUUUUCCUACAGAAAAGAUGGUAUCUCCUGACAUUUGAAUUAAAGCGUGAUGAGUGCAAGCAAAUUAAUUUGUAAUGGUUUUUGCGUUAUGAUCAUUAGAAUAUUCUCAGGCUUUUUAGUGUUAUUUUGUAAUGCUUUUACAUUUGAGUUUUGUGAGUUUCAGUUUCCAUCUCUGCAGCAAGCUUUUGAGUUUGUUAUUAGUUUCAGUGAAUAUGAGAAAAGGCAAAGUCGUACGUUAA